AAUGCUGCUCCGAUUGCUCGCCGUGCUCGGACUUUUCGCCGUUGGAGUCUCGGGGGGACCUACCAGAUCUUCCAAGCUCGUCUUUCUCAAUGAGGAAAACUGGACAGAUCUUAUGAAGGGAGAGUGGAUGAUUGAAUUCCAUGCUCCAUGGUGCCCAGCUUGCAAGGAUCUUCAAAAAGCAUGGAACGCAUUCGCCGACUGGUCUGAUGAUCUUGGAAUCAAGGUUGGAGAAGUCGAUGUUACCGUCAAUCCAGGACUUUCCGGUAGAUUCCUUGUCACAGCUCUCCCAACAAUUUAUCACGUCAAGGAUGGUGUCUUCCGUCAAUAUUCUGGAGCUCGUGACAAGAAUGACUUCAUUUCAUUCGUCGAGGAUAAGAAAUACCGUGUGAUCGACCCAGUUCCAGACUACAAGCAUCCAAACUCUAAGCAAAUGGCCGUCGUUGCCGUCUUCUUCAAACUUUCGAUGUCGGUUCGUGACUUGCACAACCAUCUCGUCGAAGAUAAGGGAAUCCCAUCAUGGGCCAGCUACGGACUCUUCGCCGGAGUUACUCUUGCUCUCGGAUGUGUUCUUGGAUUCUUCAUCGUUAUCAUCAUCGACCAAGUAUUCCCUACUGGACCAAGAAAAAGCCAACAAGCCAAGAAAACCGAGAAGAAAGACGCAAAGAAAGAUUCUGGAACUGAAUCUCCGACAAAGAAAAAUGGAAAUAACAAUAAUGGCAAAGAAACGAAGAAGACCAAGUAAAUUCUAUGCAACUUCCAAAAACCCCAAUUGUUUUACCUUUUGUGCAUCUUGUUAUUUUAUUUCAAAUUAUAAUUUAAAAACUUCAAAAUGUUUCAUAUUUAUCCCAAACCAGCAGUCUCUGCCCCAAGUUUUUGAAUUUUAAAAAAUUUGUUAAUUAUAAGUAUUGCCGUCCCCCAAGAUAUAUAUAAGUCACUUCUUCCUAUGGGUUCCCGUCUUUUUUGUCUCUUUUGUUUUCACCAAUGCUUCUCUCCUUCUGCGCAUUUCAUUUCGGACUCUGCAACGACGACACGUAAUUAAAGCGACAUCUCUUGCUGCGAGAGCCAGUCGGUGCUGGUCGAGUGUGUGUUCGCUUUGGCGUCGUCACGCCUUCUUUCCCUGCUGCUUUUCGCUCCUCAUUCAAUGCAUUGAUCCGUUUGUCCGUUUUUUUGUCCUCUGCUUUCUCUCAAAUAUUUCACUUUUUACGAAAAAAGUUGUUAAUAAAUCAUAAUUCAAUUAAA